AUGCUUGAAGCUGUGAAAAAUUAUAAAAGCUAUUUCACAAAAAAAUUCGCUUGUGCCGCUAUAGAAGAGCUAAUCGAAGUCUUCGAAGUUACUACUGAAAUUUCUGAUAAACUCUACUCCAAACUGAUAUGCUGCUUUUGAGACCUUGGGGAAAUCAUUUUGAACCUCAAAAAACUUGAACGGGCCCGAGACUGAAAAUCAUGAAAAUCCGCUGCUGAAGAACUCGAUCGGCUUGAAGGCAAGGAGCCUUGAAAAAAGCGUGAGCAGAGUCCUCUAUAUGAUUAUAUAUUAUUACGCAGAAGACUUAAAUUAAUUCGAAACCUUCGUCAACGAAACGAUAUGAAUGCUUUAGUCCAUUAUCUUCGCUCAGGUCUAGUACGCGGUUUAGGCGGUAGUUUAAACCCAAGUUUGUACUCAAAAUCAUUAACUGACACAAAAUACUUGAUCAUGGAGUAUCAGGAUGAGGUUUGCUCUGCUUUAAAGCAUAUUUUAAAUUCCCCAGACUAUCCAUUAAAAUCCAAACUGACCUUUUUUUCUGAUUCUCGCUAUUCUUUUGGAAAAACUGCUUUUCUUAUGAGUGGAGGAGGAGGACUUGGGAUUUAUCAUCUAGGGGUUGUCAAAGCUUUAUAUGAGCAGGACUUAUUGCCAAAAAUAAUUGCUGGGACAUCAGCUGGAUCUAUGGUUGCUGCUUUUAUAGGCACGACAAAGUGGGAGGAAAUUCCAAAAUGGUUUGAAAAAGGAACUAUUAAAUAUGAUGAUCAAUCAGGCUUAGAGGGAGGACCUUGAAUAAAGAAGAUUAAAAGACUUUUCAAUGAUGGGUAUUUAAUGGACAUUAAAUAUUUAGAAAGAUUUUUACGAAAUACUUUAGGAGAAAUCACUUUUGAAGAAGCAUAUGAGAAGACUGGAACUGUCUUGAACAUCACUGUAAGUGAAUCAAGCGACUAUAGUGAUUACCGUCUUCUUAACUACUUAACAGCCCCACAAGUUCUCGUAUGAAGCGCUGUUCUGGCUUCCUGUGCAAUUCCUUAUAUAUUUGAAUCAGUAGAACUAGAAUGCAAAAAUCAUAUGGGUGAAAUAGUUCCAUAUCAUCCUUCAGGGCUAAAAUUUAUUGAUGGGUCAAUCAAAGCUGACCUUCCUACACAAAAAAUUGCUGAGCUUUUCAAUGUCAAUGCAUUUAUAGUUUCUCAGACAAACCCUUGGAUUGUUCCUUUGCUAACACCUGAAGAUGGAGGAGGAAGCUGAGGUGACACUUUUAAUUAUAAGCUAUUUAGGCUAUUAAAAAGAAUGCUACUAAUGGAGUUCCAGCAUAGGGUGCAGCAGCUGAAUGUGCUUAAUUUAUGCAACACCUUAUCAUGAUGGCUAGGAAUUUUUACUCAGCAGUAUCGCGGCCAUGUAACAAUCUGGCCUAUUCCUUCUAUCAAAGAUUAUGUAAAUAUUCUAUCAAAUCCUACUGAUGACGAUAUCCAAAGAUGCAUUCGAAAAGGCCAAGUCAGGACUUUUCCCAAAAUAAAUAUGCUGAAAUCCAUCAUGGCGAUAGAGAAAACAUUUGAUUCGUGCUUCCAAGAAAUCAGAGAAAGGAUGCAUUUGAAGCCAGUGAAAAUCGUUGAAAGUUUAGAAGGAGAAGAAGAAUUCGAAGAGAUCAUGGAAAAUUAA